AUGUAUCAGUUCAGAGAAAAGUGUUAUACAAAGGACCCCAAAGAGGAGAAAAUUGGAGACUCGCCUCUCAGGGAUGAAGGAGCAUCAUUAAAUAUUUUCUCUGUGUAUCCCUCUGCAGGAAGUCAUGACAAGCCUCCACUCUCUGCCUGCCCAAGCUAUAUUGUUCCUUUGGGACAGCGUGUGGAACUUCGAUGUGACUCUCAUAGUUUCUAUUACACAUUCAAGUUGUACAAAGAGCUUGGUAAUCCUAUCCCUCACAUCCAGGGAAGACUAUUCCAGAGGAAAUUUGUCUUUGAACCUGUGACAACAGAAUAUGCAGGGACAUACAGAUGCUAUGGAUUUAAUGAUCAUUACCCUUUUAAAAUUUCAGCCAACAGUGACCCUGUGAAGAUCAUAAUUUCAGAAAUCUACAGGAAGCCUUUCCUCGUGGCCUUACAACCUCCCCUGGUGAAUUUAGGAGAGAAGGUGACACUGGAGUGUCGAUCAGAGAUUGUGUUUGACACCUUCAUUUUGACUUCACAUAAAAAUGGAACAAUCAAAGACUCUCUCGAACUUACUGCAGAACAUCAUCAUGGGGGUUCCCAAGCCAACUUCUCAAUAGGUCCUGUGACACCUGAUGAUGCUGGGACAUACAGAUGUUAUGGUACCUUCAAUCACUCUCCAUAUGAGUGGUCUGAAUCCAGUGACCCCAUUGACAUAAAGAUCACAGGUUUAUACAAGAAACCUUCUCUGUCAGCCCUGAUGGAACCUGUGGUGAUGUCAGGAGAAAACAUGACCUUGACCUGUUUCUCUGACCUUCAGUUUGACAUGUUCCAUCUGUCCAUGGAAGGGGUACCCAAGGACCAUGGGCUACCUUCAGUGAAGAGCCACAAUGGAACAUUCCAGGACAGCUUCCAUCUUGGUUCUGUGGUCCAGGCAGGGAACUAUAGAUGCUAUGGCUCUUUCAGGAACUCUUCCCAUCUGUGGUCAACCCCAAGUGACCCCUUGUACAUUCUUGUCACAGUUAACUCAACAAGAAAAUGCACUUCUUGCACAGAAGCAUACUUCACAACCAAUAACCGCAGGAACCUGAAUAUGCUGAUUGGACAGUCAGUGACCAUGAUCCUUGUCUUCCUUAUCAUCCUCAUUUAUUCUUGUUGCUCUUCCAAAAAGAGUAAGUCUCAGGAACAAGCCAGUGAAAGUCAUCUGAGUAGUGUGAGAAAACAAGACCAGAGAAGUAGAGCCAUCAUGGGUCAAGACUCUAAAUUAGAGCAACACUGAACAGACAGAAUCCUGAAAGAGAAGAAGUGCAGGAGGUGACAUACUUAAAAUUUGAUCAGAUGAUCUUCAAACAAAAAUUGACCACUCCCAAUUCCCAGAUUCCCAAGGAAUUUUCCACAGAUCCAAGUUUAUACAUGGAUAUCAGGAAAUGUUAAGCUGAGAUGAAAGAUGUUCAUCCCAUGAGUUCUCAAAGAAAGUUCUGAGGAAGACCACAGUCCUUUCUCCAGUAAAGACCGAUAGAUGCAGUGAAACAAGAGCUGGAAUGUGAAGACAGAGGUCUCUAACUUAGGGACCAUGCUUCAUUAUUGUAAUAUGGUUCUGAAAGUGGCUUUCCUUUACUUACAAAGGCUAUGGUCCUUGCAAACUACUCAACAGAAAUCAAACUCUUUUGCUUAGUUCAUGUGUCUCUAUUUAAUUUCACUCUGGCAGACCUCUAUAACCUGACUGGCUCUAAGUUCUUGAUGUACUUGAAGCUGUAACCAUGUUGAGUAUCUCACAAUUGCAGAUCAACAAGAGGCUCACCUCUUUAUUAGUGUAUGUUACUAAUGUGUAAUCAUGUUAUACAACAUAAUGGGUUUCAAAACAAUUUCAUAUAUAUCAUAUUCACACUCAGUAACCCAAUCUUGUCUUUCUAACUCUGCUGUUAGAGUUAUCACUCUGAAAGCCUAUGCUUAACAUUGGGUUUUACCAUUUGCUGUACUGUGCACCCCAAAUGCUGUUUGUCAUGUCUUCUCUCACCAGAACCAUCCUCAUAUUUCUUUAAUAGUUCAAUGUGUACAUCCCCACUAUUUAAACAUUUUCUAAGGUGUGGUUGAAUAAACACCUCAUUCUCUUCUUUUUCAAUUACAUUCCUGUUGAAAAGUUAGUUCCUCAGAAUUGGAACAUUGCCUUUUGGAAGAGAAAUAAUUAAGGGACCAGAACUAAACUAAACUUGAAAAGGCUCAGAAAGAUUCUGAAACAUACGGAAUUCACAAGGGUCCUCCCGAACUUCAUAUGAGUAAUAACAAAAGCUGAGAAGACCCUCCAGUUAACCAAGCUACACAAUAUGCAGGGAUGCAGGUUUCCUUUAUCUUCACCCACACUGACAUUGGUUUUUGGGGGUGCACCAAAUUUUGUGUCACCCAUGUUCCCAUAAGUAUCUCUUAAUACAUUGGGAUGGCUAAUGUCACAUUGACGGCUAACUAUGUGUUUAAAAGUUGAAAAUUUCUGUGAUUAAGAUAACUAGAUAUCGGGGUUGGGGUUUAGCUCUGUGGUAGAGCGCUUGCCUAGCUCUGGAAAAAAAGAUAACUAAAUAUCAAAAUUGAAUUUGCAAAUGUUAAAAUCUACUUAGCAAUUAUUUUUGUCAUUGCCUGGUAUUAUAUAAAUUUAAUAAUUCUUUUUC